GUGAGUCUGUACUAUGUGCGUGGACGAAAAGCUUCUCUCCCACUGGCUGCUAUGACCGAACUAGCGAGUGGGUCGACACUUUGUUUUCAGCACUGGCUGUUGUUUCGGAAAUAGUUUUGUGGCAUUUUUGGCAGUCAGGCCAUUCAAAAUACAGUUGUUUAUGGUUGCAUUGCCGCGAAAUUUUAAGCGUAGCUGCUGGCCUCUGAGGCUAGCAGAGCAGUGACAGAGUGGAGUCCGCUGGUCAGACAGAGGCACAGUAACGUUAGCAAACCAGCUAAUUAGCCAGAAGGACUCAGCCUGGAUUACUGUUUAAUCUAAGGGAGCACAGGUCUACGGGUUUAUUAACUGUGGCAACAUGAAGAUAAUGUUGGAUUUCGAGGAAUGUUUGAAGGACUCCCCGAGGUUCAGAGCCACCAUAGAGGAAGUGGAGGGGGAUGUGUGUGAGUUGGAAUCCAAGCUGGACAAAUUGGUGAAGUUGUGUAUUGGGAUGAUUGAUGCUGGAAAAGCUUACAAUGCAGCCAAUAAGCAGUUUGUUAAUGGGAUUCGGGAGUUAGCCCAGCAGUCCACCAAAGAUGAUGUCAUUGAGUCCAGUCUCACAAAGUUUGCAGAGAGCCUGCAGGAGAUGAUCAACUAUCACACGAUAUUAUUUGAUCAGGCCCAGAGAUCGAUCAAGAACCAGCUUCAGACAUUUGUCAAAGAUGACCUACGUAAGUUCAAAGAUGCCAAGAAACAAUUUGAUAAGGUGAGUGAGGAGAAGGAGGCAGCGCUGAUCAAGAAUGCCCAGGCAUCCCGCAACAAGCAGCAUGAGGUGGAGGAGGCCACCAACAUCCUCACUGCCACACGCAAGUGCUUUCGACACAUCGUCCUCGACUAUGUCUUACAGAUCAAUGUGCUACAAUCCAAGAGAAGAUCAGAAGUCCUGAAAUCGAUGCUGUCCUUCAUGUAUGCCCACUUGACAUUCUUUCACCAAGGAUAUGACCUCUUCAGUGAGCUACAACCUCUUAUGAAACACCUUGGUGGACAGCUGGACCAGCUGGUGGUGGAUGCUGCCAAAGAGAAGCGGGACAUGGAGCAGAAACACUCCACCAUCCAGCAAAAGGCUGCUCUGCAGGAUUUUUCACACGAUGACACCAACCUGGAGUACAAUGUGGAUGCAGACAAAGGCAUCGCCAUGGAGGGCUAUCUGUUUAAGAGGGCCAGUAAUGCCUUCAAGACAUGGAAUAGGCGCUGGUUCUCCAUCCAAAACAAUCAGCUAGUUUACCAGAAGAAAUUCAAGGACAACCCUACAGUGGUGGUGGAAGACCUGAGGCUAUGUACAGUCAAACACUGUGAGGACAUAGAGCGUCGCUUCUGCUUUGAAGUGGUGUCACCCACCAAGAGCUGUAUGAUGCAGGCAGACUCAGAAAAGCUGCGACAGGCCUGGAUCAAAGCUGUCCAGAUCAGCAUCGCCACAGCCUUCCGUGACAAGGGAGAUGACAGUGAGAAGCUGGACAGGAAGUCGUCCACGUCAACAGGGAGCCUGGACUCUGGUGGAGAGUCAAAGGAGAGAUCUCUAAAAGGAGAGAGUGCCCUGCAGAAGGUCCUGGCCAUCCCGGGCAACACCUGCUGCUGUGACUGUGGCCAGCCAGACCCCCGCUGGGCCAGCAUCAACCUGGGCAUCACCCUCUGUAUACAGUGCUCUGGUAUUCACAGGAGUUUGGGAGUACAUUUCUCCAAGGUUCGAUCUUUGACUUUGGACACAUGGGAACCAGAACUACUUAAGUUGAUGUGUGAACUGGGCAACAGAGUGAUCAACCAGAUCUAUGAGGCGCGGCAAGAAGAGCUAGGAGUCAGAAAACCACAGCCAGGAGACCCGAGACAUGAGGUAGAGGCGUACAUCAAAGCCAAGUACGUGGACCGCCGGUUCAUGCGCCGGCCAACAGACGAGGAGCUUCGGAACAAAGUGGUUUCUCUGAGCAAACAGGAGAAGAGGCUGAGCAGCAGCUCUGAGCAUCUGACCCCAAGACCACCUCCACACACCCCAAAACUUCGAGCUGGCAGAAACGUCGCCGGACAGACAGCUGUUGCCAGUGGCUCAGAGGCCCGCCGCGACUCUCUCUUCUGUCCUGAUGAGCUUGACUCGCUCUUCUCCUACUUUGACACCGCAUCCAAGCUCAGGAGCAUAAAAAGUGCAGACAGUGGCAUCCAGAACAGUGCUGAUGGGAGCAGGGAGAUGCUGGCUUCCACCCCCUCCAAUCACAGCCUGGCAGAUGCAGACAGUGCUGAGUCUCCACCCGUGCCCACCGCAGUGCCUCCUUCGUCACCUUAUAAAAUGGUUUUCUACGAGCCCAAGGAGUACAGCUUGGGUCUGCAACUCUACUGGGCAUCAUGUGCCCGCAGCCUGCCGGACAUGGCGGAGGCCCUGGCCCACGGAGCCGAAGUCAACUGGGUCAACACUGACGAUGACAAGAGGACGCCACUUAUCAUGGCGGUGCAGGGGGGUUCACUGGUCACCUGUGAGUUUCUGCUUCAGAAUGCAGCUAAUGUGAACCAGCAGGACGCUCAGGGCCGAGGACCCCUCCACCACGCAACCAUGCUGGGACAUACAGGGCAAGUGUGUCUGUUCUUAAAAAGAGGAGCGAAUCAAAACGCUGCAGACAUUGAUGAGAAAACACCCCUGACCAUAGCAGUGGAGGCAGCCAACGCAGACAUUGUUACACUGUUGCGACUGGCCAAGAUGAACGAGGAGAUGCGAGAGGCAGAGGGGCCCUACAGCCAGUCAGGUCAAUAUAACACCAACAGCCCCACCGAGAUGCAGUACAGGAAGUGCAUGCAGGAGUUUAUUAGUCUGCAACUGGAUGAAACUGAAUAGCUGUCCACUUUUAAAACUCAGGAGCAAAACUGUCAAACCAGGCUUAGCAGAAGAAAUGAAAGGUCAAGGUUUCAGAGGUGUGGUCAGUGGAUUUAAAUAAAGUUGAUUUACAGGACAGAUGACUUUAACACCCAGACAAUACUUUCUCUGUGUUUCGAUUACAAAUUGGAGGUAACUCUUUUUGUACAGUAAGAGAUUAGUACCGGCUGAUUAGGGUGAGCUGAGCCCAUCUCUGACAGUUGAGCUCCUGUGUCCUGCUGUGACUCUGAGUUGUUUCUGUCGGGUGCUCAGCAAGCUGCACCUCAGUGUGGUAUGGCAUCAGGUGCAGGACUGUGUUAAUGUGACAGGGUUAAGGCCAUCAACUCUGGACAUGAAGAGUUUUGUUCCAAAGUGGAACAUCCACCUUUUCAAUUAAGUGACUGAAAGUGAUGUGCAGUUAUUGAUUAGUGAUUUCACACGAGUAGAAUAAACUGUGUCACUUUUUACUAGAUGGUCGGACCUUCCUCCCUUUAAAUGAAACCAUGUUUGCUGAUUUCCUCUAUUUUAGAGGUGUUCUGUGAUUGAAAUUUGCUUUUUAGGCUGAAAUUUUUUGAUUAGCAUUGUCUCUGCUAGCAGUUGCAGCUACUCAGCAACUGCCACCAGCAUUCGGUGACACUCAAACCUCAAAGUGGUCAUCUGGCAAUAAUCAUGACUUUUUUAUAACCUGACCAAUUUCAUUUUAGAUAGACUCAUCAGAUGAAAUUUAUGCACAUUCCUAUUUAUUGUUAUGCUACUAGUGUAUCUUUUUCAAUGACUGUAUGAUUCCCAUUUGAGGUCGUAACCAUUUUCACGGCCUGUUUACUCAAGUGUUUGUUGUCUAAACAUGAUGCAUCUUGCUGUUGUGACAUACCUGGUCAGGAAAAAUGUCUGUUAGGCCAGUUUUCUUUCGUAAAGAUACUUUUAGGAACCAUUUGAUAAGUCAACAUACUAUACAUGUUGUAAAUGAUGUGCAUACUUCCAUUUGUUUAUAGUCUGACAGAAUGAGCGGAGUUGAUAAUGACUCUGAUUGCACGCUGGGGGUGUUGCCAUGAGGAGAUGUGUUCACAUCCUCACUUUUCUUGUUUUGAAUGUGACAUAUUUACUUCCUGUUAUGACAGUGUUGUGUCUUGGUUAUCAGUAGAUUAAGUGGGCGUGCUCUUUGCCUGUAAUCACAGGAAAUCCAGAAUUUUACUGUAAGAUGAAAGGCCCCUUGGUGCCAUCACACCGAUCGUCUAAAAAUGAAUGGACUCAAAUAUAGACAAACCAUCUGAGGAUGGUACAUCAUCAAGCAACGGGUGCAGUGCACGUAUAACCAUGUACAGCUGUUUAUCACCUGUUAGUCCUAGCUUGUAUUUAUCUUAAUCAUUUGGGAGUGUUACAAAAAAGUACAGAAGAGGUUCACUAGGAAUGUGACGAGAUGAGUAUGAAGCUGUCUUCAUUUUGAUUUUUUGUUUUUUUUUUAAUUGGUGGUGAACGAAGAAUCAACACAUCUUCAUCCCACAUCUCUGCUCCAUGCAGCCCGAACUCCUCGUAGGGUAACAAAGCACUUUGAUUAAAUGGUCAUUUCUGCUGAUUCACAUUGACAGGGCAGCGGCGCCGCUGCUGGAAGAACAAAUGAUGUCUGGGGACGCGUUCUGUACUUAGAAGCAGGAUUCCUGAUUGUGUUGUAUUUGUGUUUCUGUGUGUUUCAGAGUAGAGGCUGAGAGGUUUCCACAAAGUAGAUUGCUUGUGCAUGUAUGUGUUGACCACAUGAGGGAGGGCUACACUGAGGACUGUUGUCCAUAAGCCUCUGAGAUUUAGGGCUGCUGUGGGUAGUCGGACUGUUAUAAACCUGAAUGUUGCUUCUUUUAAUAAAGUGUAAUAAGCUUUUAAAAAUACAUCAGGAAUGUUUUGGAACUAUGACAAGAAAUUCUUUAGUUCUCUUUCUUUUAGUUUGUGCUGUGUUGCUGGGGGCUGACACAGACGGCGUUACUGCCUGUAGUUGUCUUAAAGGUCUACAGCCGACAUAGAAGAGAAAUAGAAGCUUUGUUUUUACUGGAAGGGCAGAGUAGAGUCAAACUAUGCGUUUCCAGUCACUGAAUGUUCAGCAUGUCUGUUUGCUUUCCGUGAGAAUUGGCCUUGUUGCCAGCAGGGGCUCACCUUUCCCUGUGAUAUGUGGGGGGCCUCGUCAUCAGCGCCUCCACUCAGCUGAUGGGUGACGGGACUGAUGAGGGAUAUUCAGGGGUAAUGAAUGUGAACAAGAGCCAACUAAUAAAAUCAUCUUUCCCUUCUUAAUUUUUUUAGUAGUAGUCUACUUCUCUGUAAAUUCUCUCUCUUCUGUAUUUUGCUUUUCUCACUUUCUCCCCAGAGUUUGUGCCUUUCUUCUGUUUUCUUUUCUUUGGGGUGCUGAGGCCAACACAACUGUAUUUUGUACAUAAACCCGUGCACUUUAAACACAAUACAGUUAUUGACAAAACCUAACCUCUGUGGGCUUGUCUUUUCUUUCUGUGUCGAUCUCCAGCUGCUAAUGACAAAGCUCUCUGGCAGUUUUUUCUCUGACCUUUGCCUUUUGCUGCUUCUCUUCUUUCCCAUCUUUUCUUUGUGUUGUUGUUGUGUGUCACAUUGCGAGCCACGCUGACACCACCAGGAGAUGAAACCUAUCAGGACAUUUUCCA